AUGGCUUUCUUGAAGGACACGUGUCGUUCUGUAGGAUUUUUCAUUUCUACUUUGGUUGUUUUGCUGGCCUGCUUUGAUCUGACCGAAGCAGGAGGGAAAACCCUUGUCCUUCUUGAUAAUGCCAACACAAAAGAGACACAUUCCAUCUUUUUUAACUCUCUGAAAGGUAAGACCAAACUUCAUUUGCAAGCAGGGGUUUUUAACAAAGACUUACUUUGGAAGUGUUAAAAAUGUUGGGUUUUGGGCACAAAGAGAUGAAGUGUAUACUAUGGGGACACUGGAUUGUUUUAUAUUUUAGGGAAAUUCUAGUGUGUAAUUUAGAUCGAUAAAUCUAAAAUUUGCCAGCUAAACCAUCCACCGAGCCCUGUGAAUCGAUUCAGCUCUAGGAUUGCAUUGAUUUGUGCACAAAAUUGCAUCAUAAAUCUAAUUUAAGUCCUUUAUUAGCAAGAUGUAUGGAGUGUACUUAAUUUGUAAUGAAUCUAAAGAAAGGAAAACAUUGAUUUGCAGGAUAUGGCCUUUUUGUGUUGUGUUGAGUUGAGAACAAUAAACCAAAGAUUUUGUUUAACCCUUUGACUCCUAACAUUGAUUAGCACCUAAUUUCUCCUAACAUAUCACUCUUGAAUCACACAUCAAAGUUAUGGGAAUAAUGGAAGUUCUUAAUUGUUAGACAAAUUGUUAGCACCUUAGGAAAUGUAUAGAGAAUAGUAUGGAGAAUGUGCACACUUAUUUUAAGGUGUAGAGGGUUGAACAAUAUUGUACAAAAAAUCAAAAACCUUGAUUUUAUUAUAUUCAUUUUUUGUGGUACUGACUAACAGUGCAGUACUUGGGCACUUAAACUCUUUGACAUGUAAAAGUGACCAGCAUCUAGUUUUUUCCUUUCAAUAUCUCCCCUCUUCUACAAAUUAUGGGCAAGAGAAUACAGGAAAUUAUCACAAACUAAAGGAGCUCUUGAUUGUUAAACAAAUUCUCCUUGUGAGCAUCAUAGAAAAUGUAUAGAAAACAGUAUGGAGAACAAGCAUACUGAUGUUAGGGUGUAAAGGGCUAUGGCUGAUAAACAUCAAUUAUAUUCCUUGAUUUUGCCAAUGAAUGGUCUAUUACCUUGUAUCAUAUGUAGAAAAUGUGGAACCUCUUGAAAUUUGACUGUCUCCUCAAGAACACAAUGUAAGGCCUAAACUUGCUUUUGGUAUUAUAUCUUUUUGUUAGAAAGAGGAUUUGAUCUGGUAUUCCGCUCUGCCGAUGACUCAAGCCUCUCUCUUGUAAAAUACGGAGAAUUUCUUUAUCAGCAUCUUGUGAUAUUUUCACCAUCUGUUGAAGGUUUGUUUACUUCCAACUGCAGAAUACAACAAUACUUACUUGACAAGUGUUUCACAACACUUGAGCUUUUUAUGUUUUCCUAUGUUUCCCCCCAUGAUAAUGGCUAAAAAAAACCAAUAGAAAAUAAACCAAUUUUAGAGUUAACUUUUGAGGAAAAGAAAUCUAGGAUAACAGUCUUCCAUAAAUGCCUUUGUGCUUCUUUGAUACUGGUUCAUUAGGACUAUACUACCAGAAUAAUUUUUACAGAUAGAGUAAUAAAUAUUAUUUUGCUCCAUUUUGGAUUUAUGUCUAUCUUGCCUUGUCACUCAAUUCAGAAUUUGGUGGUUCACUGAAUGUCAGAGCAAUCACUGACUUUAUUGAUGGAGGAGGAAAUGUUCUUGUGGCAACAAAUUCUGCAAUUGGUAAGUGAGCUGUUCACCCUUUGUUUCAAGUUUGAAUAAUUAUUUAAGUUUUUUAUUUGACCUAGUACCAAUACAAGCAUGAGAACACUAAUGUCACUCCUUUUAUUAAUUAUUGCAGGUGAUCCCAUCCGUGAGCUUGGAAGUGAAUGUGGAGUGGAAUUUGAUGAAGAGAAAACUUCUGUUAUUGAUCACAUCAACCAUGAUGUUUCUGAUUUGGAUCAGGUAUUUUCUCGCCCUUUUAAGUAGUUACUGUCAAUUUUUGCUGGAUAAUGAGGAUCAUUAAACUGCACUUAAAUAUUGAAUCCUUUACACCCUAAGAUCAGUAUGAAUAUUCUCUACACUAUACUAAACAUUUAUCUUUUCAGUGUCACUGACAAGGAGAAUUUGUUUGACCAUCAAGAAGUUCUCUAGUUGACAAUUAUUUCCUGUAUUCUCUCGACCUUAAUGUUUAAUUGAAUGAUAACACUGUGAGGAGGAAUCUAUUAGAUUAAAGAUUGGUCAGCCAUCCUCCUUUUUUCAGAGGCAUUUUGUGAUCUUUCAUCGGUGAGACUGGCAAAGAAAUGUAGGAUUUUAAGUAGCUGUUGUGUCCUUAAUUAAAUAGUUUUCUUUAUUCUUGUUACUUAUCUUGUUGAUAUUGUAUUGAUAUUGUAAGGAGAAAUUCUCUCUUGGUCACUCAUGGGAGUUAAAGGGUUAAACACAGGGUAGACUUGCAUGGAGAAUCAACAGAGUAUAGUGAAUAAGGAGUCACAAAAUAAACUGAGGAGAUCUAGAAGAGAGGAAGAUUACUAUUUUUGUGGAUGGAAAAAACCAAGAGCAACUUAAGUUUCACCUGUUUUCAUCUGCUCUACCUCUUUGGUGUACUUCUCUCACAAUCAUUCCUUCCAAUAAUAUUUUCUAUUUCUUCCCUUCAUUCCCAUUUUAAAUCAGUAAUUCCAGAUGACAGUAAUUUCAGUAAUUUCAGAUGACAAUCAACAGAAAGCAAGGAGAAAUAACCUUAUUGAUCAAAACUAUAACAAAAUUCUUGAAUGUGAUUGGUUAUCACCAGCCCGAUUUGAGCACUAAUAGGACAGUAUAUGCAUCAUGCUUGUAACUGGGCUGUGUAAUAGGACAUUUAAAGGGAAAGUUAACAUGUCAUGCCUGUGUGAAUGGACAGAAUGCGUCAUGUGGGUGGGCUGUUUUCUGGCAUUUCACCAAGUUAACUGUUGUUUUCUUAUGAAUACGUAAAACCCAUAUCUAGUUUCUUUCUCAAAUUUUGUCAUAGUUGUGAUUAGGUAACAGGACUUUGUGUUAUCCAAUUCUUUCUGUAAUCAUACUCAUGGUUAACAAAUUGGACUCCCACUUUGCAGUUGUCCAAUUUUGUCAGUCACUCGUAAGAUUACAGACCAAAUUGGAAUCCACGUGGUCCUAUUACCAUCACGAAUACAUUUCUGUUUGGCCUGCAACCAGCAUGAAAAGUGUUCCUCAGCUUACAGGAACCAAAAAUCAAUGUUUGAGUCUCUUGUAUGAAGUGCAACACCUUUGUGACUGUCUCUUUGUAAUCAUAUUUCUAGCAUACUCUAAUUGUUGCCGACCCUUCAAAUGUCAUCAAGGCUAGCACUGUUACAGGACACUCAGUGACAAACCCCUCAUUAUUUAAAGGAGUUGGGUAAGUAGAGUUGUCUCUGCCAAGAUCUGAUUUUGAUUCUCCCAUUUAGCUGCUACAAAGUUUCCUGCAAAUUUGUUACAAGAAUGUAGUGUUGGAUCAAGAUAUCUACUUCUUCCUGGAGAGUUUCAGUAUUCUUGUUACCUGUUUACUGGAAUAUAUAUGCAGAACUUAGGGAGGAUUUACAUGUCAAUCACCUCUGGGAGUUAAGGGGUUAAAGUUUACAGAAAACAGACAUCUGAGUUGAAGUCUUUUUGUAACUCCUACCAUAGCAUUUUGUAUCUUUUUAUUGUCUGAAAGAGAAAUGUGCAUGUAAUAAUUUCUGUUUGAGAAGUAAGUGCUGUACGCAAACUUCAUUUUGUUUUUCCUUUUCACAGAAUGACUGCUGAUCCUGACAAUCCCCUUGUAAUGGAGGUCUUGACAGCAUCUUCUACUGCUUAUUCAUACUACCCUGAUGUCAAGAUAUCUGAGGUACAGUCUUCUAACCUUGACUGGGGGCACUGUGUUAUUUUCUUGGGAAAGUGAUGCAAUACCUCACAGACUCCAUGUGGGAAUGUUAAUGAGUACUGGUAAAAAACUUUUGACAAAUUUGUAGGAAAUACUUGAGAGUGGCCUGAGAUGCAGUUGCUCUCAAUUUAUGGGGAUCAAUAUCAGUCAUGGUCCAGUCAUGCUGUAGAAGCUGAGAUAAGCUUUCCUAGUGCAGGCCACUUGGUUUGUACUUAAACCCUUUACACCCUAACAUCAGUAUGCAUAUUCUCCAUACUGUUCUCCAUACAUUUCCAAAGAGGCUGACAGGGAGAAUUUGUUUAACAAUCGAGAGUUGGUGAUCAUCUCCUCUAUUCCCAUGACUUUCGUGCUUGAUUCAGGGGUGAUAUGGUAAGGAGAGAUAAGAUGCCAGUCACUCUCAGGGUCUAAAGGGUUAACUUCUACCCACUUUUCUGUGACUUGGAUGGCCAGAAUGUCUGGAAGAUGUAACUUUUCCAUUUGGAUAAGAAAAAAUGACCAUAAAGGUACUUGUCGAAUUGGACAACCAGAGUAAAUGUGGAAAGCACACUUAAAAGAUCUUGUUAUUUUGGAGAAAGGGCAUACAAAGGAGAUGAGUCAGAAUUAUUUUUGGUCAGACAUCUUCAGCAUUUCAUAUUGAGUAGGGUUGUUUUAACCUUCUUUCUAACAUUUACUGAUCAACUUAAUUAGAGACAUGUUUGUAUUUUCAGUAUCCACAUGCUGUUGGCAAGAGCACUUUGUUGAUUGCUGGUCUUCAAGCCAGGAACAAUGCCAGGGUUGUGUUUUCAGGUUCAUUGGAUUUCUUCAGUGAUGAGUAUGUUACCAUGUUUACACUUGAUUAUUUUGUAAACGUUUCCUACUGUUUGUAAACUUGUUAUUAAAGCUUUGGUUGAGAAAGCUUCUGCUGAAGGAAAUUCGUGAAAUGUCAUGCAAGUGUAUUUUGCAUUAGAGAAGAAAAAUUUUAUAUAUUGCACAAUGACUGUACUUGAAAGACUUCAGGACCUAAGGUACACAUCUUUCAGUGGCCAAAUGUAAAUAUUAAAUAAAUCUGCUAUGAUAUAACACUGCUAUACUCAACUGACCCGCCAAGAAACAGACAGUCCCUUCUUAUUUUUUUGUCAUAAACCAAGAAAAUAUUUGUAAAUAUUCUGACUGAGUUGUGAAUAAAGUUUUGCCUUUCAUUUAUUAUUAUUAUUAUUAUUAUUAUUAUUGAUCAAGUUGAUUUGAAUUUCAUAAGAAUUAUGAGACUUGGGUUGGAUACAAAAUAAUGAGCAUGUACAUCAACUGCAAGCUGGACAUGAAAAAAUGAAGGCACAUUUAGACAAUGUAUUCAUAAUUUUUCCACAGAUAUUUCAACAAGCCCGUGCAGAGUUCCAAAGCUGGUUCCAAACAGUAUGUGAUUUUAAUAAUUUUCUUUUUAUAAAUUCAGUAUGGAACCCUAUCAUUUAUUUCAAUGGCAAGGAUUCCAAAUUUGACAUAAACAAAUUAUAAGAGUUUCACACUGUUGAGUCUAGGCACAAAGCAAGUGGCCAACACCACUAGAGCUUGCCUUUGUUGUGCACAUUUUUUGCUACAUGCACUUUUACUACAAAUGCUUCUAUUUCCCUCUGCAGUCAAUAAUUUACAUGUGUUGUCUGAUUGUACUUUUUUGAUCACAGGUAUGCUAAAUCUGGAAACCAAGAUCUGGCCAUUGCUCUGAGUGAAUGGGUUUUCAAGGAGAAUGGUGUCCUUCGUGUGGGAGAAGUGAAACAUUAUCGUGCAGGAGAAGCAUCACCACCAGCUGCCUACACCAUUGAAGAGGAUGUGGUAAUUAGUUUUCUUUGCAUCUCAAGUAAUGUGCUACAGGGUUCCCUAGAGGCACUGGCUGCUGGCAUUUUGGGUAUGAACGUAUUUGUCCUGGUCUGGGAAAAAAAAAGAGUAGCCUUUGCCAGCUAAGUCUUUUUUAUGGCUGACAACUAAGAAUUAUCUGGAGAGCACUGUUACUGUGUUCAAUGGAUGUGGUUUGGACAGGGGUUCUUGAGCUCCUCUAAAGGAGCUAGUGCUUCUGACAGGGAAACUCAGAGAGUCUUACGGCUCUAGUGUUUCUUUUUUUUUUUUUUUUUUUUUUUUUUUUUUUUUGAUAUCAAUGUUCAAACCAAAAAUAUUUUACUUACAUGUUUUUCUUCUUUUUCAUCUUUCCAGGUUUAUAGCAUCAGAAUUGAGGAGCUGGUUGAUGGAAAGUGGGAAUCAUUCCAAGGGACUGAUGUGCAAUUGGAGUUCUUCAGGAUUGAUCCAUUUGUGAGGACAACACUCAACAAGUCAAAUGGUAUUCUAGUCUCAAUCUUAAAUAUUAUUUAUAAUAUAAUAUAAUCAAUAACAAAGGCCUGUUUGUAUUGUGAAGAGUUUAUUACAACUUUCAAACACUCUGGUGUAUGUUAAAAAAAGUGAAGGCCUUGUUUUUUUCCCCUAAUGUUUUCUUUUAAGUGAAACAGCAGUUUAAAAUGGGGGAAGUAAACAAUUUAAAUACUGUUUUAGUAUCAAUGAGCUAUUUAAUUAAAGUACAUGUACAUGCAGCUUUUUUUUAACCUCAGUCAUGAUGUUUCUUUUAUGGUUACAGAUGGCCUCUUUGUUGCAAAGUUCAAACUGCCUGAUGUGUAUGGGGUGUUCCAGUUUAAGGUGGAAUAUAACCGUGUGGGUUACACUUACCUCCACAGCAAAACUCAGGUAUUGACAUGUAUUCUUUUGUUUUAUUGCUGUUUGAAUUGUUAGUUUGUACCAUUUUGGCAUAUAACUCUUCAGGCACUUAACCCUUAAACUCCCAAGAUCUCAUUGAUAAUUCUCCUAACUGUCUGCCAAAUGAUUCACAUUAUGUUAGUUUGGAGAAUUUGGUAUCGGAUAAAUUAAUUCAUAUUUUCCUUUAUUCUUAUCACUUGUCUGCAUGAUAUUGUAUAGAUAUAGUAAGGAGAAAUUCUGUCUUGGUCACUCACAGGAGUUAAAUGGUCAAGCUUUUUUUGUGGCACAUUUUGUUUAGUGAAAGUGCCUAUUUCAACUACAAGUUUACAGUUGGAAUUAGUUCAACAACUACCAUUUUCUUCCCUUGUUACUAUGACCACCUGAUUGUAACAAUACUGAAAGAGGUGAUCAUACCAUAUGUUCCUUUUUCUGCACUGAAUUGUUUUUUCUAAGAGAGACAAGCUAAUUUCCAGAAGAACUUGGCACUUUUAUUACUGCAGAGUUAUUCCAGUUCCAUCACCUUCAAGCACUAGCCCUUGUCUAUUCAAGACAAUUGCCACUAACUGACUAUCAUAUAUGGGUCAUAGCAAUACCCUUUGUCACUUCAAAAAGAUCUAAUCUACACCAGUAGUGCCUUACAGGAUUUAGAAGGUGUGCCAUCCAAGAGGCUUACACAUUCCAAAGGCCAAAUUGAACCAAUUUAACCUCAGCUAUUCAAAUGCCUGCUGUGAUAAGUGACUUGUUUGUGAUGCUUGCUCUUGUGCCAUUGAUUUGUCACUAUUCCACCUCUGAACUGUGAUAACAUUAUAGUGUUUUCUCAAGAAAGCCCAUCAUGUAGAAACGGUGUGGUUCGUAAUGGGUAAUUUGAUGUUAAUUUGAGUUGAAAACAUAAAUUGGCCACCGUAGAGUUAAAGGCUGACGUUUCGAGUGUUAGUCCUUCAUCAAAGCAAUAGGUGAAGGGCAAAGGAAACAUCAGCUUUUUAACUCUUUAUGGUGGUCAAUUUAUGUUUUCAACUCGGUUGUCAACACCAAAUUACCUGUUCUACCCUCCCACUAACGCAGCACCACAGUUUCUUUAGAAACUUACCCCCUUUAUUGGUUUGUAAUGGGUUUCCUGGCUGCCUUCAGUAUUUUUUUGUACACCUGUUACUUGAAAAUUUAACUUAUGCCCACUUAAGCAUAAAAGACAAACAUUAUCUUUGAUGAAAGGCUAAUUUCAAGUUUCUCUGGGUUUUUUUCAGGUUUCUGUGCGUCCUAGAGAACACACUCAGUAUGAGCGGUUCAUUCCAUCUGCAUACCCUUACUAUGCCAGUGCCUUUUCUAUGAUUUUAGGGUUGUUCAUCUUUAGCUUGGUAUUCCUGCAUCAUCGAGAUGAAGUAAAGAGCAAGGCAGACUAA